AUGGUUACCAUUGACAGGAAGGAAACCGCUGGCGUUGUGGGGACCAGAGUGGAUGCAAACCCAGCGUACGGGAUCAGCUCCAGCAAUCACCAGUCCACGUGCACGGGAUCGGCAGGGUGGGGACAGGGGACAGGGCUGUGGAUCCAGGCCAAGGGCCUUGCUAGGAGCCAGAGAGGGCCCAACCCGGAAGAGGACCCAGGAGACCCAGGAGCCGGGGUUGGUGCCACCAACCCUUCACGGAGGACGCUGGCACCACCCAGGGCACCUUCCAGCUCGGAGUCUGCCCUGUGUGCGCCUGUGCCUCAAGUUCUCUUCCUCCCUGUCCAGGGAGACCUCCCCUCCUCCCCCACCCGCCUGGACAACAGCUGUCCACCUGUGUCUGGCUCAGGGCCAGAAUCGGGGUGUUUGGACUCCGGCCAAGUGAGUCCAUCCUUCGAAGAGGCCUCCGUGCCUGUGGCCCGUCCGGAACAUGGGGCGCAGCAGCCACCGGCCUCACCCCGCAGCCUGCGCCCGGGCUGCUCACUCACACCGCCCGGCCGGCACCAGCAGGACCUUCGCGGGGGCCCUUGGAACUUUCGGGGGGCUCUCAAGGGGCCUGGGUCCAGCGUGAGCCCCCAAACAGGAACUCUGCGCCAAAGAAGGGAAGCAUCUGCAGCCCAUGGGGAGGGCUUCCCUGGAAGUCAGGCUGAGUUCAGGAAAACGCAAUCCCAGGCAGGUGAGCAGUGCGCGCCCGUGUCGUCCUGCGCAGAGCUGGGCAGUGGGUUAUUCCCAAGGCCUUGCAGGAUUCCGGCGCUGGAGCCUCCAGUCUCGGGUGACAGGUGUCCCUCAUGCGGGCUGGGGGGCGACUUUCACUUGGGGCUCCGCUCUGUGCUUCGGGGGGCAGCAGGAAGGCCAGGGCAAUUGUCUUGCUCCCUGUUUCUGCCUGGUUUUUCGGGUGUCUUCAACUCAAAAAGCUCGGGGUGCCUGAGCAGCACGUUUGGGGUGAUGUGUUCUUCACUCCUUCGGCUGGUCAGCCCUCUCAGCCCCGUGGCCAGGCCUCCACCUGUCCCCGGGCCUGGGGCCUCGCCCAGGACCUGGUGUUCGAGGGGAACCUCCUCCCCAGCACAGCAGUUCGGCUUCCACACUGCGACCUCCUAUUGCGCUCCUCAUAGCCUGCCACGGAGUCUCUCCCGCCAGGUUCCUCUCUGCCGCUGGGGCUGCUGGGGCGGAAACCCCGGUGGCUGGGCUCCUGCACCACAGCCUGGCCCUGCCGUGGGGCCUUUGCAAAGCUGGACAGGUGCACAGCGGGUGCAGGUCCACGCCGUCGACCGUGGUGAGCAGCAGGGACCCACAGAUCUCUCCUUCACGCAGGACUGCGCUUUGCAGCUUAGUCGCCAGUGACUUGUGCUCUGUGCUCGUGGGUCUGCCCGCCUCUCUUUGUCCUCACACGCCUUGGGACUGGCUCCGCACCCCGGGCCUGGGUGUUCCAAGAUGGACAGAUAGAGGACGGGUCCUUGUUCAUCAUUCCCAGGGUCUCUUUGCAGGGCCUGGCCUAUAAUUUAGCUUGUUUAAUCCUCAGUACAGCCUUUGAGGUGCCUCUGGCUCCGUUCACAGAUAAAGACAUUAGGAAGUUGAAAAACUCGUCCAUGUUCUCUGUUCAGCAGCAGAGGCGGGGAGGGAGCCCAGGGCCCCGGCCUGAGAGCCUGACCCCCUGCCCUGAAGCAGGGUGGAGCUACUGUUUGCACAAGGAAGCACAGGGAGGGCUCGGGAGGCCAGGAGCAGAGGGGGAAGGACCUGGGGGCACAGCGUGUUCAGGAGGCCAGAGCAGAAGUGGAGAUGACGACAGGGAGGAGCAGGGAGCCUGGGGGAAACGGGGGGCCUCCUGCCACCCAGGACACUGCGCUUACAACUCCUUCCGGGGAGCGAGCAGCCUGGCCCUCCGGCUUCCAGUGAAAGUGCACCCUUGUGCCCUGCGGGGCCUGGAGGCAAGGUGUCGCAGGCUCCACCGUCUUCGCCAGCCACCCUGCAUGCCAGGCUGGGCCUCUCAGGCCUGGUUCCAAGGCCACCUUGUGCUGGGGAUGUUUGUGGUUGCCGUGGUGACUGGAUCAGUUCCCGUGUGUUCCUGGGUUGAAGGAAAACCAUGCAAGUAGAGACAUCUCCCCACCUGCAAGGGCUCUGGGGAGCAGGGCCCACCUCUCCAUGACAGUGAGCCCCACUGUGGAGCCCCAGUCCUCCAGGGGAGACCUGUCCCGCUGCUGCCUGCGUCUCCACCUCGGUCCUUUCCCCAGGUGGGACUUGAUCACUCAGGAUUUCACAGGCAGGGGAAGGGGGCCCCUGGAGCCACAUCGCCAUGGGAUAUUGGGGUGUUCCUGUAGGGUGGCAGCAGGGCCCCAGCCACACAAAGCCCAACAGCUCAGCCCUGAUGCCAAGCACUCAGUUCAGCACCUCCUAAUCUUUCCAGCGGACCUGCCAGGCGAUGAGAAAACUGGCAGAGAAGUUUUUUCCUGGCCUCAUUUCAAGGUUAGAGCACAGGUGUCCAGGGGCAGCUGCCGCUGGCCCCUCUGCCACACCUGGCCGGUGCGGGGGGUGGUGGAAGUGUGAGCGGACCACAUGGACCUCAGCCGUGGGGAAAGCACGGAGGCCCAGCUGUCCUGGGAGCCAGGGGUCCCUAGAUGUCCCCUACCUUUGGCUCUAGGACCCCGCCUGGACGGCACAGCGGUCUAGGGUGCUCUACUCACCCCGCCUGUCGCCUGCACACAGAACCAGGGUGGCCAGGUGACACACAGAAUGCCCCGGCAGAGGGAAUUUCAGAUCAACAGCAAACAGCUCUGAGCGUGAGUGCUCCCCAACUCUUGGCAGGACACGCUUACGCUAGGAAGUGUUUGCUGCUGACCUGAAAUUCAUGCUGGCCUCGGUGUCCUGGCUACUGGAACCAGGUGACCCCAGCUGGGGCCAGGUGCACAUUGCAAGCGUCCUCUCCUUCUCUGCUUGCUGUCACUUAUGCCUGUCCCCCCUUUUUCGGGGUCCUGCUCUGCGGAGGGAUGGACACGCUGUGGCGGCUGACUCCAAUCGCUCCGCUCCUCCGGUGCUGGCCUGGUCCCCGCCGUGGUCACCUCCCGGGCAGCUCUGGAGCCAAGGCCAAUGCGGAUUGCCGGGCCCUCCCUCUGGGAUUCCAGUCCUACAGGUGUGCAGGUGAGAUCAGCGGUCGGCAUUUUUGUAGGCUCCACCGCUGAAACUGCCGCCAGGGGAACAACUGCGUGUCUUGUCGCAACUUGCCGUGAGUGCUGCACGCGGCCGCUUGUACUCUGUCCCGGUGGCAGAGUUAGCAGUCCGAGCUUCAUGCCUGGGUGUACGUCUGUUUUCCUUUUUCCCCUUUACACUCGGGUUUCGGAAGCCUCUCUCUGGGUCAGAAACAACUGCUAAGCGCCUGGGUCCUGAGGACGUACAGCUUGCUGUCUUUCACUUAACGACGAGAGCGGCAUCAAUCACUUUCCCCUUGCCUGCCAGGAGGCUCAGAGCGAGACUUUUGCGUAAGCUGCAAGGCUCUUCCUAAGUCAGGAUUUCUGAUUGCAGAGCAUACCCAGAUGGAUUUCAUUACACGCCGGCUGUUCUUUUGUGGCUUCCUGCUGUAAACUGCCAUCUCCAGCCUUUUCGGUGGAGGGUGGAGCACAAACCCAUCCUUCGACUGCUGGGAGCUGCAGCUGGGAGGUUGGCCCAGCAGAGCAUGCAGUCUCUGCGGAGCAGCAAGCAGCUGCCACCCACAAAGGCAGAGGGGGCUGGCAGGUGGACGGAGGGCGUUGGUGCACCCUGAUCCCAGGAAGCUGGGGUGAGUGGCUGGCAGGAAUGUGCUGACUCACCCACGACUCAGUUUCUCUUAGGGUGGAGGGCCGCCCCGGGGCACUGGGGAGUCUGGGAAGGGAGCAAGAACAAUGCGGCCUCCUAGGAAGCGUGGAACCUCUGUCAUGCCAUUGUUCUUCCGACUGAGGGCCUGGGAAGUGCUGGCCUCACCCCGGGACCAUCCGGAUACGGGACACUUGGCACCUAAGAGACCACUGCGUUCCUAGUUCUGGAGAUGCUGUAGAGUACGCCGGCCUGAGGCUGAAACAGUCAGGCUUCUGCCUUCCAUCUUCCCAGGGGCUGCGGGCACCAGGGAAGCCUCGGCAAGGCGCCCUGAGCAGGUGCUCUUGCCCUGCUUGGCGCUGGCAGGACACACGGAGCAGGUGCUGGGAUGGUGCCAGUCCCGAGCUCAGAGGCCCUGGGCUCAGCGCACCCCCGGUCACGUUAGCCCGCGGGGAUGGCGCUGGGAUGACAGCAGAGAUGCGCUCCAUCUUCUGGAGGGGCACCGGGUGGGAUUCACCUGUUGGAGAAAAGGAAGAAACAACUCCGACCAGGGCACACGCAGCCCUCAGGUGGGGAGACCGCAAACGGGUUUUCAUGUGCAAGCCAAGGUGCUGACUGGACAAAGCCCAGGUAGCCCAAGCUGGCAGAGGGACAGUGCAGGUUUGGGUCACCGCUCCCGGAACAGGUCGCUGGCCGUCCUGGAGGCUUCUGGUCCCCCUGGAAUGUGGGGAGGCGUCCAUCCAUGUGGAGUUGUGCCGAAGGCUUGGGGUGGCACCGAUGUGUCUAUGCCUGGUCCCAGGUGCUGCAGCUCCUCUGCCUCUGGGAAAACCGAGGUCAAGAUCUUGGGGCUGUGCUCUGGAGGGAGGAUAAAGAGCCUCUGGGGCUCCGUCUAGGCGGAGAAGCCAGCUCUGCUUUCCUGAUGGCAACUGGCCUUGAACUCCAAGCGACCCUCCUGCCUCAGCCUGCAGAGUGCUGGGAUUACAGGUGUGCCCCGCCACACCUAGUGUUAUGGUUCAUGUCUAGCUGUCCCCGCCCAAAACCUCAUGCGGGCACCGGUGUGGCUUUUUCAGAGGUGCCUGGAUCUAGAAUGUGU